AUGAAAGUUUUUCUGGCAAUUGUUCUCGCGCCGCUGGCCGCUCUUGCCACGCCAUUGGGCAUCGCGCCCUCAAGUUAUCAUCAAUCGCGUUCAAAUGGCCUUGUGGAACGUCAGUCACCCAUCAGCAUCGACGAGCUCUUCAAGAAAAGGGGUAAACUCUAUUUCGGGGUCUCCGCCGACAAUGGAAUCAUGCAACAAGGGAAGACAGAAGCCAUCAUCAAAGCAAACUUUGGACAGGUUACGCCGGAGUACUCAAUGAAAUGGGAUGCGACUGAGCCUAGCCGAGGCAAUUUCUCUUGGGGAAAUUCUGACUUUCUUGUCAACUGGGCGCAAACGAAUAACAAGUCUAUCCACGGACACACGCUGCUGUGGCACACGGCGUUGCCAACGUGGGUGUCGAACAUCAGGGACGAGAAAGUCCUUUCUAAUGUUCUCCAGACUCAUAUUCGAACAGUUGUUGGACGAUACAGGGGCAAAAUCAGGGCUUGGAACUUUACUAACAAGAUGGUGCCGCAAAAGGAUGUAGUCAAUGAGAUUUUCAACGAUAACGGCACACUCCGGAACAACACUUUCUUGAAUGUUAUGGGCGAGGCGUACGUCGGCGUUGCCUUCCGCGCGGCUCGGGCUGCCGAUCCAGCUGCUAAGCUGUACAUAAACGACUACAACUUGGACAACAAAGGAUGGGGAAAGGUUUCUGCAUUGGUCAACAAGGUCAACCAAUGGGUCGGGCAGGGCAUUCCAAUCGACGGCAUAGGUUCUCAGAGCCAUCUUGCUCCAAAUAUGUCGAGCAACAUCGAAGGUGCGCUUCAGUCGCUCGCGACUGCUCAUGUUUCCGAAAUUGCCAUUACCGAGCUGGACAUUGACAACGCCCCGCCUGCCGAUUAUGCAGCUGUUGUGGGCGCAUGCCUCAAUGUGCCUAAAUGUGUUGGUAUCACUACCUGGGGAGUAAGCGAUAAGCAAUCUUGGAAGAGUGCUGCGAGACCUCUUCUGUUUGAUGACAGUUACAACCCAAAGCCAGCGUACAAUGCCAUAGUGAGAAUGCUUCAGCGCCAGUAG